AUGGAAACAUUAUUAUCUUUUGUUGUUCAAGGUGGUGUUUUAAGUUUAGCAGAUUCUGCAAUCAAUCAUUCAAUUGUUAAAAUGAAAGAUGAUGAAGAUAAAAUUAUGGAGAUCGAUGGUAAUAAAUUGUUAUCAGCAGCUGGUGAAGCAGGUGAUCGUGUUCAAUUCACAGAGUAUAUAUCAAAGAAUAUUAAAUUAUAUUCACUUCGUAAUGGAUAUUCAUUAUCAACACCAGCCAGUGCAAAUUUUAUCCGUAAUGAAUUAGCUACCUCCAUCAGAAGUCAUCCAUAUCAAAUCAAUUUAAUUUUAGCUGGUUACGACAAAGAAACUGGACCAUCACUUUACUAUAUGGAUUAUUUAGGUUCAUUACAAAAAUUAACCUUUGCUUGUCAUGGUUACUCAAGUUACUUCCUUUUAGGUUUGUUAGAUCGUCAUCACAACGUUAACCUCACUUUAGAUGAAGGUAUUGCAUUAAUGAAAUUAUGUACAAAAGAAUUAAAUACCCGUUUCCUUGUCUCUGGAAAAUAUAUUCUCAAAUUUGUUUCUGCUGAUGGUAUUAAAGUUAUUCCAUAUGAAGCAUAAAAAAAGAACACUACACAUAAAUAAACAAAAAAGAAAAAAAAAAAAAAACAAUUAACAAUUAACAAUAAACUUUUUUUCUUUUUAAACAAUAGUAAUAACAAAAAAUAAAAUAAUAAUAUAAUAAUAAUAAUAAUAAAUAAUAAAUAAUAAAUAAUAAUAAUAAUAAAUAAUAAAAUAACACCAUAAUAAUGUGAAAAAUAAUCAAUUUUAAACAUCAAUCCAUGCACAAAUAGUAAUAUAUAAAACAACCCACCCUAAAAAGUUUUUAUUUAAAUUUAAAACUUAAAAAAUAAUUUUUUAUAGUAAUAU